AUGGCCAGCGCGUUAGCGAGUCAGCUGCAGCAUCUCCGCGAGGCUGGCGCCGGCAGCAAGCGCCGCACCGAUACGUUCCUGUACGACCAGCGCGAGGCGGCGCGCCUGGACGACGAGACCGUGUACAACCUGGCGUGGAACGGGCUGCUGGAGCUCAAGCAGCUGGACGCGCGCUUCGAGGAGCUGGACGCCGACGCCGGCGUGGCCAAGCUCUUCAGCCGCCAGCGCAUCCACUUCCACCGCGCGCAGACCACCAAGGCGGACGAGCAGGAGCUCAACGACGCGCUGCACAAGGUGCUGGACGCGCUCAGCGCCUACUUCCUGCUGGGCGCCGCGCACAAGGUGCUCGAGUUCCUCGUGCGCCGCUACGAGGUGCACCGCUACAAUGUGGACGCCGUCAUGGCCACCAUCGUGGCCUACCACGAGUCGUCGUGGUUCGUGCGCAUGGUGCGCAUCCUUCACAUCCACGAGACCCGCUGGGAGUUUCUGCUACCCGUCAAAACGCAGGGCACGCCGCUGCUGCGCGCCGCGCUCGUGCAGCGCGCCAUCGAUGAGUCGUCCGUCAUCGAGUUCGUGUUCCAGGCCGCCGCGCGCAUCGGCGCCAGCAACCCCAAGCUCACGUCGCUCUACACGCUCGUGGUGCUGCAGAUGCUCGAGCAGAGCAAAGUCACGGAGAAGAUGCUGCGCUGGCUCAUCCCGCAGCUGCUCACGGCGCUUAAGAGCGAAAACUUCCCGGAGCUGCAGUCGUCCUCGUACAUGAUCGUGACCAAGCUCGCGUCUAAGGCGACGCUUACGGAUAAGGUGGUGGACGCGCUGGUUAAGUCUCUCGUCAAGUACGCGCAAUCCGGCGCGCAGAUGAACGCGCUUCUGUGCGUGAUCUUCCUGGCGCAGACGCAGCCGUCGUUCCGUCUGUCCAAAAGCGCCGGCAAGCACCUGGUGCACAUGGAGAACGCUGCGGACUUUUUGCGCGACGCCACAGCCAGCUACGAGUCAGCCAAGUUCGUGCAGUUGCUGGCGAUCUUUUUGACACAACAGAUGAAGUCGACUGAAGACGACUGCUUCCGUCUGCUGACGACGCUGAUCGAGAGCGUCUCGGUGCUCGAUAAUUUCACGGAAGAGCUGGUUAAGACCUUGGUGGAGCAGGCGCAGGAGCAGAAAUUCAAGAUGGACGACCCGCGCUUGCAGGCGAUUUCCCAGGCUCUUGUUGCUCUGAGCAAGAAGAACGCGACCAAGGUGGACGCGGUUGUUAGCGGCCUGCUGGCCAAGAAAAACAAGCACAGGAAGCUGGACGCGUUCCUCACGAAGACGUUUGAAAAUGUCGCCAACUCGGCGCACUUCGUACCAUCAAACACAGACGCUAAGACGUCCCUGGCUCUGGCACUGGACCACCCGACGGAGCACAUCCGCUACCAGGCUUUGGUAUCGUUGGCAAAGAUGAAUGACGCCAACUCCGAGACGAAUGACCAGGUUCUUACGAGUGGUGAUGUUCUCCUGCGGCGAUUCCUGGACGACAGCAAGCGAAUUGCAGCAUUUAUGAUUUCCAGCUCUCUGGGCGACCUGAUGUUGAGCUUGAGCUCCAAGAAGACGAUGCUGGACACGAUCGUACAGGCAUUGCGCAAGUGGUCUUCUCGUGGAGAGGCGUCCGUGGUGGAAGCUAUUGCUGACUUCGCGUUGAAGAACUUCCGUAACACGGCUGCCUCCACGGACGCUGACGAAAAGUUGCUGAUCCUGUUUGUUUCCGUCGUGGCUGGUGAGGACUCCAACAAGAAGGCUGUCGUUACGGUGGACACGGUCUGGACCUGGAUCGCAGCGCUCAACCACCCUUUCGGUGUCGGCGCUUCCGAGGUAUCAACGGAGGGCGAGAAAACGGUUGCCGACUUGGCUGAAAGCUUCGGUCACGCGCUUGCAGCUAAUGUUAAGGGCUUGCUUCCGUUCUGUCUGCGAUGGUCGCAGAAGUCCGAGUUCAACGAAACUCCCAUGACAAACUUCCUCAUUGAGGUGCUUUCUGCUGCCCGUACUCAGCUGGCUUCGAAAAAGUCAAAGACGAAGAAGGCGAAGGAACAGCAGGUAUCGCUGGAUCAGUCUUUCCGGUUUGUGCUGAAAAAGGAAUUUGUGUCGCUGUGCGAAGAAAAAGCGUCGGAAGAGCGAAUUGCGCAAGCUGUGCGCGUUGCUUCGAAGCUGUCAGAGGUGCUUUCCGAUCUUUACGCUGUUUCUCGUUACGAUUUCGACACGUGCGUUGCUACGUUGCUGCAGUCUCCGACCCCCGUAUUUAUUCGCAUUCAAGAGUGCCUGCUGGAGCUGUUUCAUGGGGAGCUGGAAUCACAAUUGUUGCCCACUAUGGCCCGCAUUGUCACGAGGCCUGAUUCUUCGACUGAUGUGCUGAGCGUGUUGGCGAAGACGCGAUCGCUGGAUAUUAUUUCUGCAGUUCUUGAAGGCUUUUCCUACUCUGAAUCGGACGAAGAGCUUCAGCAACUUGUCAAUGCCAUUCCAGUGGUGAUCGUGGCGCUAUCGGACUCGAGCAAGGUCGUGCGACAAGCUGCGGUCAGCUGUCUAGAUCGUUGGGUUCUGUCCUGUGGCGAUGCUGUUCGUGAAUCCGAAUCGAAGGAUCUGAAGGUGCUUCAGAACGCGUCUUCCUUCUUCCUCCUAGCCAAGCAGGACAUGACGAUGGACGCGAACUCUGUGGCUACGCUCUGCGGCACUUACAGCGUUCAGACGGAAAGCGCUGCUUUCAACCAGCUGCUUAUGGACUUCGUAUCUUCUGCAAGCAGCGAUGAAAUGUCCAUUGCAGUGAAGCUUCUUGAAUUACUGAAGCCCGUGAAAGCCCAGUCCUUCUGGCUUCAAUCUGUGGACUUCUUCCAGCAGGCGCUUGCUGGUUGCUCGAAAUCCGGUGCUGAUAGUGAAACCGCGAAGCUGCUGACGGAGUUUCUCGCGCACUACUUGGAUGUGGACGUUGCAAUUACGACGACGAAGCAAGGCAAGACUUCAGUGCCCAAGGCGUUUUUGGAUGCCGUCCUGGCCACCUUGCUAGCUGACAAGGAGGUGGUUGCCCAUUUGAAAUCGCUGCAGCUCUUCGUUGUAACGAACCUGUCCGCUACGCUGUACGAGGCCCUUGACGAUGUGUCUCGCAACAUUGUGGUCGACAAGCUUCUCCAUCUUCUGAUGUCUGCCGACGAGGCCGUCGCUUCGAAGUUGAUCCAAUGCCUCAACGCCUUGCCAAUCAGCUACAACAUUUUUGUGCGGUUGCUCAAGGAACAGCUUGAUUCUACAGUGGAGUUUGCUGAGCUGAGCUGCGUUCUUGAAGUACUGUCGAUCAAGGUGGACAGUCCGUCAAGUUGCGAGGAACCGGCUGCUGACAUUAGCAAGCUGCUGACUACUCUUUGUGACGUUCUUGCUCUGUUUUGCGAGCCGAAGCACGAGAGCGUGGUCUCGGAGUACAUCCUUCAGGUGCUUUUCAGCUGUUUGCGUCGCGUUUGUGAAGUCAGCUCGUCGUCUUCUAAGCAAGUGAAUGGUCGGCCGGUGAAGACUGCGAAGCACGUGGUGACGGACGUGAAGCCCGAGCUUCUUGUGAAGCACUCGCUGACGUGCUUGGCGCGCACUUCAUCCCCCCAGACGCGCAAUGAGGCGCUGCUGUUCAUUAGCUCGCUAGUGAACUUGCACCCAGCUAGCGUCCUGGCGUCUCUGGAUAAAAUCCUCAGCUUUGUUGGUGCUGGUUCUAUUCGUCACGAAGACGAGUACUCUUUCCAUGUGCUUGAGACUAUUAUCAAGGCUGUGGUUCCGCACAUCGUCGAGGCCAAGAACCGCCAGACCAAUGCGUUGAUCACACCGCAGCGGUUUAUUGGUCUGUUCGUGAGUGCGUUCAACCAGAUCCCGAAGAGCAAGCGUGGAGCUUUGUUUGAGGUGGUGGUGGGAUCGCUGGGCACUGAACUUCUGCCAUACUGUGCUGUAGCGCUGUUGCAGCACGCUGCUGUCGUGGAGGACACGGACGCCCAACGCGAGCGUGUGCAGUUUGCACACAACCUGUGCUUCAGCUUCACGUGCUCUGAGCAAGUCUCGUGCUUGGUAAUGAUUCUUCGUAUGGCGCGUGACCUGCUUCCUCACGUGGUCGAAGAUGCGGAUACCGACACGGAUGACAUGGAGGACGACGACGAUGAUGUGGAGUACGAGCGCUUCGUGCUUGAUGAGCAGUUGGCAAGUUCGAAUGGGCUCUGCCGUCAGUUCAACUCAAUUCUGGUCAAGUUUGUGACGGCACACCUGCGCGCGCGCGAGCUGCACUACACGAUUUUGAGCUAUGAGAGCGAGCGCAACCAGGCCGACGAGGAGGAGGAAGAGGGCGACGUGCUGCAGCACAGUUAUUUGAUGCUGGCGCAGCUCGUGUUGUUGUACUUCCGCCGCGUGGCACGAGAGCAGUCUCUGCAUGACGAUGAAAGCGGCUUCUGGUCGACGCUGGCUUCGGACUCAAUUGAGAUUCUCACCGCGCUUCAGCAGCUUUUGUCCACACCCGGUUUCGUUGCUGUCAUCGGUGAACUCCUGCACCACGACAACAGCCUGGUGCGUAAGAAGGCGAUGCAGCUGUUCAACGAACGCCUGCAGGAGGAACGGGAUUCGCUUACUUCGGGUGAGGCGCUGCUCUUUAUCGACAUGCUGGACGAGCUGGACAACAUUCUUCAGAACGCGGAAGGCUCCGAGAACAGCGUGAACAUUCAGACGGCCCUGCUGAGCGUGGACAUUUUGGCCCGCAACUUUGCUGAUGGCCACCCCAAGCGAUUCCAGCAGAUUCUUCCCACUGUUGUGAAGUACGUGGACCAAGACGUCGUCAACGCGCCUCCAAUGACGCUGCACCUGUUCGGCUGUGCGUUCGUGUGCCUGUCGUCGAUCUGUCGCGCGGUGGGCCCGGUCGUGUUCCCGCUCUUGCCGAAGUUUUUCCCGCGGCUGUUGAAGGGUAUUGAGUACUGUUCGUCGGCCAACAGCGUUAGCGGCACGAAGGCGGUUUUGCAGUGCUUGUUGGCUGCGUUGGAGGUGUUCACCGACAAGAUCCCGCAGUUCCUGGGACCUUACCUGCCUGCUGUCGUGCGUGCUCUUCUGACGCCGGCUGUGCUGUCUUCUGCUCCUUCCAACGUGCAAGUGCUGAUGUCUGUAGACUGCUGCUUCCUAAACCUUUGCAAUCACGUCGAGCUGCGGCAGUUGCUCCCGACUCUGUUUGGAGCGUACGAGCACGUGCUGACCCUGCAGAGCGACACGAGUGUGACGCGGUUGUUCUCGGUGGUGGGCACGGUCGUGAAUGAUUUGGACUUGCCUGCUAUCCGCAAGCACCUGCCCUCGUUUGCUCGGUUCUUCGUCACUGCUUUGGACGCUCGCCGCGUGCAUGCUUCUAAGUUGGAGGACCUGGAUGAGGUUGAAGACGAGGUGCUGGAGUGCUUGGUGCAGUUCAUCCUAAAGCUGAGCGAGAAGCAGCUUAAGCCGCUGUUCCUGAAGCUGGCCGAGUGGGCACAGACGCGUGUCGGAUCUUCUGGCAAGUCUGGUGACAUCUCGCGCCGGAUUGCAUUCUUCAAGCUGGUUGUGAAGCUGUCGGAGCGUCUGCGUGGCAUCUUCGUUCCCUAUUACGCCCACGUGCUCGAGUUCCUGACGACGGCGCUCCGCGAAAGCCGCAAGUUAUUGAUGCAGAAGCCGCCUCGGUCGUCGGAGGAAAGCGACAGUGAUGAUGACGACGACUUCUUCGCGAGCGAGGAGGAACCGCCGACGAAGAAGGCCAAGCUUGGCUCGUCAGCCUCCACCGUUGAUGCCAAGGCCGAGCGCGAGCUGAACACGCUGCAACUGAGCACCGUGGUGCGCGCGUUGGAUGGCUGCUUCGUGCACGACACCGACGGUUUUAUGGAGAAGGACCGCUUCGACGUUGUGCUCACCCCGCUGGUGGAUGUGCUGGACGUGCUGCAGUACGACAGCUCGAUGCGUGAGUUUGUGUUGGAGACCGUGGCGCCGUGCCUUGCGAACCUGGCCUGGGCCGCCAAGAGCGACCUCCUGUGGAAGCCGCUCCACUACGCUGUGCUCAUGAAGUCGCGUGGUGACAACGCCGCUGUGCGUCUCGCGGCGCUGGUGACGGUGGAGAAGUGCUACCAGGUGAUCGGUGACGAGUUCCUGGCGAUGCUGCCCGAAAGCAUCCCCUUCCUGGCCGAGCUCAUGGAGGACACGAACGACGAGGUGGAGAAGACGUGCCACCGCGUCAUCAAGCAGAUCGAGGACAUCUCGGGCGAGUCCUUGGACCAGUACCUUACGACCUAA